AUGCUGGUAGACGCGUCGUCAAGCCCUUAUUUCAACAACCAAAGCAGACCCGCCCAACCUCAAGCACAACCCGAAUCAGUAUCAGUAUCAGUAUCAGAACCAGUAUCAGAACCAUCAAAACCAAAGGCGAAUCCGAACCAAGCAGUCGCGCCAAAACGCGACGUAUGCACGCAAUGCCGCUGCUUAUUCGAGCAGAUCCGGUUCAAGAUAUACAAAACCUGCCCCAAAUGUCGGGAGAAAAAUAGGAUCCAGAAUAGGAAGUAUAAGGAAAGACAGGACGCGAAGAAGAGGGCCUGGCUUUCGGAUUUGAAUGCUGGGAAAGGGGGAGACGGAACUGGAGCUGGAUGGGGGGAUAUGAUCGUCGAUGAGAAUGUGAGGGCAGGAACUGGUACUGCUAUUGGGACUUCGGGUGCAGGUGCUAGUUCGGUUUCUGUUGGGAUGAAGCGUCUGCCAGCAAAAACGUUGGACGAAAUGGAGGGCGAGGAAAAAAGGGUGGCACUGGCUUCCAUGAAGAACGGGUUAAAAACCUCUAGCGUGGUCCGCAAAGCCAAUAAGCGCGCGAAUACGGGCAAGGGGGUUAUAAGUGUUGCUGGGGAUGGCAAAGAGUACCAGACUGCCACUGCGCUGUACGAAGCUCUUAAAAGCCGCGCUUCGAAAGCAUAUACUAAAGGGAAAAACCCAAAAUUUCACGGGUUUCACGCGAUAAUUGCGAAUAGUACCAUCGAUAACCUCAGGCGCGUCGAAUUGGUAGCGAGAGAUCUGCGGAAAAUCGCACGUGUCCGAUUCGAUCAUCGUAAUCCAACGCCUUCCUGUGACUUUGAAACCAUGGCUCGCACCGCGACGUAUCCGUGCAGAUGUCUAGGCGACCAGAUUGUCCCUGUAGCACCCGCUCCAGCGCCAGCGCUGUCCAGCAGCAAGACAACGAUGAAAGGGACGCAGGGCGACCUUGUUAGACAAGCUAGACUUGCGCAGGCACAGACACAGACACCCCAGGUCACGGCUAAAACGGUACCCCGUGUAUGCGGAGGGAAAGUAAAGGUCACUGUUGUUGACGACGGUCGGCAUCCCCUGGGAAUCCCUGCGCAACGCAUUUCGAUUCUUAUCGAUCACCCUUCGGCUUUAACUGAAUAUUUUGCCCAAAAUCCCGUUUCAUUGGUCGACGUGAAUUAG